AGUGUUUCGUUGCUGCAGUAUUAUAUGUUUGUAAAGUUUAUUGUGCCAUCAAAUGUACUAGUGUGUGUUUGAAGUGUCGUUUAAAGUUUAAUUGUAAAACAAACACAAAAAUGUACAUAAAUUAAAUUAAGACAUAUACUGCCCAAAAAAAUAUUAAUAAAGCAACGCGCUUGGUUGCUGGCGGCUCACACCCCAGCCUCUCCGCCCCUCCCCUGUUGGAGCACUGAGAGCCCUCAACCCAAAGCGGCCAAUCCAGCGCAGCUAUGCCACGCGGAUCCACUGCCAGAAGAGGACGACGACGACGAGGACCACACGGCGUCACAGCCAGGGAUCGCCCCAAAUCAGCCAUUUCCACUGCCAGCUCCGACAGCGCCGCCGACGGCGAAGCCAGCGCCGACAGCGCAGCGACCGGCACCGUGGCAAACGCAGCGAUACUGAGACGCCAAUCCACCGACUCCGCCACCUGGUUGGAGGCACUUCCUCCAAUUCCUGGACCGGCUCCAGCCACCAUUACCGGGUAUGUGAGGACCACAUACCAUGCCGACACCACCAUCACGGCCACUCCGGCCACAAGCCCCAUCCCCGACCCCGACCUGCCCUGCCCCAACAGCUAGGCGGCCAUUCCCAAUCUCACCAGCCAGGAGCAGUUCCAGAUCGGCGACUGGGUGGAGGCGGUCCAUACCCAGGAACGCCAGCAGCAGCAGCAGCAGCAGCAGACCAUCAGCAGCAGCAGCGGUAGUCGCCGGCUUGAGGCAUUGGCGGCGUCGGCAGCGGCAGCGGCGUCAGCCAAAGCACCGCAAUGUCAAGCCAAGCCAAGCCAAGCGGUACCAAGCGCGCCAAUAAUUCCGCUUCCCACACUCCAACAAACACAGACACGUAUCGAUGCACCGUAUGCCGAUGCAUCGUGUGGAGAGAGCCGGAAACAGCAAGGAGCGAGAGAAGGCGCAAAGAGAGAGUGGGUAACGACCUCGUACCAGCGACAGUACGAGAGGGCACUCGAGCAGCCUCUGCACGAACAGCAGCCAACAAAAGAUUCGUGUUCGAGUGCCCGUUCGGGA